AUGUGGACCUUUGUUCGCCAUCUAGACUUUGACACAGACAGAGAGAGGUUUGAUUAUAGAUCGCAUUUUGAUAGUUUUGUACAAUUUGUUUUCCUACGUCUGUCUUCAUCAGUCGACAUUGAAAAAUUUCGUCUUAGAUAUACCACUCCCCCUGAUGAUUCUAAUUCGGGAGAUGUUUCUGCUCAAUUGAAUGAUUGGGUUUCUGCUGCCGUCUGGCGCAAUGUUGUUGAACUUGAUCUUAAAAUUGUUGAAGCAACUGAAGCAUUUUCUGGUCUACCUCGAAGCAUUUUCUGGUGCAAAACCCUCAAGGUUUUGAAACUGUGGAUAGAUCAAGGUAUAGAAAUUCCUGAACCUCCUACAACAGGGUGUUUCCCAAGUCUCAAAAUCUUCCAUCUCACAGUCACAGAUCCUUAUGAGAGCCUGGGAAAUAUACUUUCCUACCUCCCUGUGCUCGAAGAUAUGAGCCUCCCUGUGCUCGAAGAUAUGAGCAUACAUGUACAGCUCACGCGCGAUUACAAAACCUAUAUCAAUGCCAAAGUUUCUACACCAGAAUUGAAGACGUUGAAAUUGAGUAUGGAACGUAAGAAAAAGCAUUAUCAUAGAACCCAAGAGCACGACAGUUUUUGCGUCGAUGCCCCAAAGCUUGAAGAGCUUGAAGUUAUACAGAUUCCUUUGUCAAAUUAUAUUUUAGAGAACCCAAAAUCCGUAGUCCAUGCUAGUAUUGCUUUCAAAUCCCGUGCUGAAGAAGAUUGGUCUUUCUUACCAGACCAUGCAUAUCAGCUUCUGACUGGAAUAUCUAAUGUUAAAUGCCUCUCUCUUUCAAAUCAACCAUUCGAGGUUUCACAUCUCCCUGUUUUUGGUAAUUUGAACCAAUUGAGGCUGGUUCUCCGUUAUCGUAAUACCUGCGAGUUUCUAACAGCGCUGCUGCACAAAACACCCAAUCUGGAAGAUCUAGAUAUUGUGUUGGAAGAUGGAACCGAAGGCGAGAAAGAUGAUCCAGAACUUCAAUGGACUCCACCUGAGCUUGUGCCUGACUGUUUGUCAUCAAAUCUCAAGACAAUCUCCAUAAGAGGAUUCAAGGGUCUACAAGUUGAAAGUCAAGUAGCAGAGUACAUGUUAUUGAAUGGUUGUCAUUUGAAUAAAAUGACAAUUUAUACAUGUAUUUCAGAGGAGGAAGAGUCAUGCAAAGAUCUUUUGACCUUUAAGAGGGCAAUGACUUGUCAAUUGGAAUUUAGGGAGAUGCAAUUUUAG